AUGGCUUCUGUUGACCCUACUGCAUCACCUGCACCCAGCAAUCAUUCCGCGACCGGCGCAGAAGGGAGUGAAUACCCUGAACAAAAACACGCAGGCGCAGUUGGUCUUGGGCCAGAAUAUGGACGCGGUGCAACCACGGGAGAUAAGCUGCAGGGCUUUCAAGAACAGAUCAAAGGCAAGAUUCUCCGCAAGCCCGACGUCGCACAACAUGGCAAAGACCUGCGCACAGGCGAGCUGAAGCGGAGACAACAACAGGAGGACGACGAUAACCUCUUUGAAAAGAGUCAGCAGGAGAAGGAGCAGAACGAGCGGGAUUCAACGAGCCCAGCGCCUGAGAGCGACGACAACAAAUCCACCGCUCAGCCUCCACGCGUCUCGGAUUCCUCGCACCCCACAGAGCGCGGGCAAUAUGAACAAGCAGCGUCGGUCGCACCAGAAGGAUCAGAGCGAGCUGCGAAUGAACAGCCGGGAGAGCACGCAUACCAUAAUAUCGAUUGA